UCCUUCAUCUCUAUUGGCCGCCCGGCACGACUGGCCGCACAAGAUCCCGUUCCGGACCUCUCGCGAUCUUUUCCACGGCUCCAACAUGGCGCAACAGGAGCAGGUUGAGAAGGAGAACCCCAUGCGGGAGCUGCGCAUCCGCAAACUCUGCCUGAACAUCUGCGUUGGGGAGAGUGGGGACAGGCUCACCCGAGCUGCCAAAGUCCUGGAGCAGCUCACGGGGCAGACCCCUGUGUUCUCCAAAGCUCGAUACACUGUCCGCUCCUUUGGGAUCAGGAGAAACGAAAAGAUUGCUGUCCACUGCACUGUGCGCGGGGCUAAAGCUGAGGAGAUCUUAGAGAAAGGCUUGAAGGUGCGGGAAUACGAGCUAAGGAAGAAUAAUUUCUCCGACACCGGCAAUUUUGGUUUUGGAAUUCAAGAACAUAUUGAUUUGGGUAUAAAAUACGAUCCCAGUAUUGGUAUCUACGGCUUGGACUUCUAUGUGGUUCUGGGCAGGCCUGGUUUCAGCAUUGCUGACAAGAAGCGCCGAACUGGGAGCAUUGGGGCCAAGCACAGAAUCAGCAAAGAGGAAGCUAUGCGGUGGUUUCAACAGAAGUAUGAUGGCAUCAUCCUUCCUGGUAAAUAAAUGGUUUCCUCUAUUCAAAAAGAGCCAAUAAACUUUUUCCACUGUUUCA